AUGACUCCCAAUGACAAUGCCCUAGCCGCCGCGCGAGACGUCAUCGCCUCUCGCCGGCCGCCUAGAGCGGCCCUACGUCGUGCCACAACACCACAACGAACCCCCCUUUCUAUCCGCAAAGCGGCUCCUAGGUACAAAGUCAAUAGAGGCGCUGUCGAGAGGGCCAUCCGUUCUUUGGAAAACCCAUUUGCCCGAGGUCAGGGGCGCCCAACUGCGUUGACCGAGGAUGAAGAUAACGCCCUUGUGGCGUACAUACAGUGGAUGGAGCGUACUGGUAUUCCAGCGGGAAAGGAGCAGCUUGAGGCUGCCGCAAAUACAAUCAGGCAGCGACGAGAUCCAUCAUCAAGACCUAUGUCUCAGAACUGGCUCGCAGGCUGGCGCCAAAGUCACCCUGAGGUCAAGAAGACUUACUUGAAGGCCGUCGAGAGAGCACGUGUCACACAUAGGAUAUCAGCCUCCAACAGUCUGACCCCCUAUUCGCACAGUCCGUUUCCACAUUUCCCCACAGAAACUUCUAGGAGGCAUCAUCAACGCAUCAGUGGCUUCCAGAUGAUCCGAUCAGAUGCUUCCAUUCACUACCAUUCCCUUCCAUUCUCAUAUUCAGGCAGUCUAUAA